AUGUGGAAGAAGCACUUCCCGCUGCGCAGGCCCCGGAAUGCGGUCUUGGGACACUAUUUGCAUACCUGCAGAGUCACUGUGGCUGACGACGACACGUUUCCCACAAACAGGAAUGGCGACAAGCUGCGAGAGGGGAGAGCUGCUGAAAUCCAGCCUGUGGUUCUUUGGACUGAAUAUCUCAAAAUGAGCCUCAAGGACCGCAAGGUGCGGAGGGCGGCUAUUUACAACCUUCUCACAGAUCAGGUUCGGAACCUGGCCUAUCUUUGGCAAGUCAUGCUUACAAAGUAUUUGAUCGAUCAAGUGCUGGCAGAAGAGCCGCUGCCUUUCUUCACAGAUCCGAUGAUGCCCCAAGGACGAGAGGAGCGAGUUUGGCUCACGAUGGCGUUCUCAUUUCUACCACAUGCUGUGAUGCUGUUUCUGAACCGAAUGAAAGCUGAGCGGCGUAUUCAGGGCAUGGUCGUCAAUCAGCUACAAGGAAACUUGUUGAGGAAGUUUCUGAACUACAACGAGGACUCUCGUGACUCUGUGUCGACAUCGGAUUUGGCGAUGGCCAUAACACGCGAUGUACCUGAGCUUGUGGAGCAUGGCUUCAUGGGUAUCUUUGAGCUCGUUGAGAAUCUUGGCUUGGUGAUUGUUCUCGGCAUUCUCAUGCUGGCGCAGAGCCAACUGUCUGUCCUCACACCCAUCUGUUUUUUGAUGAUUCCUCUGGCAAUGCUGAUAUUCAUUUAUAUUCGUCACCCGGAGACUGAACGCCGAGAUCGAAUGGUCUUCCAAAGGCAAACCGAGAUGUUGAUCUUAGUUCAUCAAGUGACGGACAACACUCGAUUGAUCACCGAUUAUUUUCAGCGACCCACAAUGGUGGUCAGCUUCAAUGAAAGGGUUGCUGAAUGCAACAAAGCCACCACCUUGGCGAACAUGUUCAGGGUGACAAACUCCGAAUUCGCGCCGUUCAUGACUACUGUUGUGAUAGCAAUCUAUGUCCUGUUCCACUAUGCAUCUGUCGUGGAUAAAACGAUCACCAUUGGAGAGUUUCUCACCUCCAUCGCUGUGUGGCGAAGCAUUGGUGGUGCGUAUCAGAAUGCUUAUAAGGACAUGUUGCAAAUUCAGCAGGCAGCCGCGUCACUGCUGAAUGUCAUACACUACAUGAACCUGCCAGUCGAUACGCUAGAGCGGAUGCAGAUCACCAGGGACAUGCUGGAUUGCGGCAAAACUGCCCAAAUGCAGGCACAUCAUCAAGUGUUUAGCAAGCAGCCGGCAAACUCGCCUUAUGUUGAUCCCAGCGAAACGGUCUCCCUCAACGGAGAGAAGGUACCAGCCAAGUACCCUCAAGACCUUGUGCAGAUCCAUGCGGACCAAAUCUGCUUCGCCUAUCCUGCACGAACUGGAGGCGGCAUCGACCUCCUGAAGAAUGCCAGCUUCAGCAUUCCACAAGGCAAUCUCGUGGCCGUGGCGGGGCCCAAGGGAUGCGGCAAAAAGACACUUCUGGAGCUACUUGCUGGCAUCCUCUUGCCCUCUGGCCAUACGAAGCUCUUCGUGCCUCCGCAUUUGCGGGUUCUCCAUGUGUCGAAGGACCCGCAGCUCUUGCCUGAGAUCACACUCUUUGAGAACCUCACAUUUGGCCCUUCAGAUGGCCAAGACGAGGAGCCAGAAAGAGUGAUGGCCAUCUGCCAGCGGCUGGGCCUCAGUGCAGAUGCUCUGAAGCUGAUUGAUGAGUCCAUAAAUCGGCAGGGAGAUGUGAAGAAAGGACGCCAGACAGAGAAGAUGCGUGUGGCGUCCGGCCGCUCCAGCUUGAGCAACACCCAGGUGAUGAACCCCGAAGUCCUCAUCUUGCAUAAGCCCUUGGAGCAUUUCGACUACGUCUUUGCCCGCCGCGUUGUGGAGAUCCUACGGGAAUUCGUAGAUCUGCGUGGUCUGGAAAAGCCGCGAGACUCUCUGCACCUCCGGAGUCCCAGGACAUGCAUUUUCUCUGUUGGCCACCUAGAGAACUUGGAAGACGUGGACAUCCUCCUCCAGGUCAACAGCAAGCAGGUUGAGGCAGUGGAUAUUGUCUCACUUUGCCGCUUAAAGCAGGAAGUGGGGCAACUGUUCCACGCGUUGGACAAAAACGUGGACAAUCUCUUGGACCGCGAGGAGUUUAUGAACAUGGCUGAGGUGGCACCAGCAAGUAUGGAACUCUUCGGCGUUCCGCAGGGGACGGAAACUGGCUCGGCGAAGCGCGAGCUGAACAAGAUUUUCGACAAAGUGGAUGACAGUCAAGGUGGCAACAUUGAUCAGGAAGAGUUUGUUGGCUUCAUCCGCAUGCAGUUCGAUGACCAGCUCGCAGAAGCCGUGAAAGCCGUGCAGAACCCCGCGGGUGCAAUUUCCAAGGUUGCCGAGAUUCAAGCCCUCAAGGCGACGCGCAAGCAGAUGGAGUUUGCCAACGCUCCUGGGUAUAAGCAUCUUGAUGCGUGGGAUGCGCCUGAGAUUCCGCCGCAUACGGCAAUCUUGGGUUUCCCCGCAACAUCCAAAAAGCUGCCCCUCACAUUCUGA